UUUGCUCGGCAAUUUAGGAUUACGAGAUAGUAGAUAAAUAUGAUGUUACAUAGUUAGAGUAUCAGUUAUUACUGUUCAAAGUGCAGUUAAGAUAACAGUUCCUCUCACUUCUAUACAUUUGUGUUUACAAAAAAUGUCGCAAUACGGGAAAUUCGGUCCUUUGGUCGGAGCGAUAGAUGAGGGAACGUCUAGCGCGCGCUUUAUAAUAUUUAAAGUGAAUUCUUGUGAAGUUGUGGCGACACAUCAAAAAGAAAUAGAGCAACAUUUUCCACAAGAAGGAUGGGUGGAGCAGGAUGCAUGUGCAAUAUUAGAUGUCGUAAUUACAUGUAUAAACAAAGCGGUUGAACAGUUAGUAUCGUUAGGUGGAAGUGCAAGGGACAUAAUUGCGAUUGGCGUAACUAAUCAGCGAGAAACCACAAUUGUAUGGGAUAAAUAUACUGGUAAACCUCUCCACAAUGCUAUUGUAUGGUUGGAUAUGAGAACAUCUUCCACAAUUGACAAGUUACUUGAUUUAGUCCCAAAUAAGACAAGGAACAAAAACUAUUUGAAGCCACUAUGUGGAUUGCCCAUGUCUCCCUACUUCAGUGCAGUCAAAUUGAGAUGGUUAGCUGACAAUGUAGAUGCUGUGAAACAAGCUAUGAGGAACGGAUCAUGUUGCUUUGGUACUGUUGAUACCUGGAUCAUUUGGAACUUAACAGGUGGUGCAAACGGUGGCAAGCAUAUCACCGAUGUGACAAACGCAUCAAGAACAAUGCUCAUGAAUAUUGAGACAUUAAACUGGGACCCUUUACUGUUGAAGUUCUUUGAAGUACCCAAAUCUGUGUUGCCACAAAUCAAAUCAAGCUCGGAAAUUUACGGCUAUGUAUAUGACGGUCCUCUUAGAAGCAUACCAAUCUCGGGGUGUCUCGGAGAUCAGCAAGCAGCAUUAGUAGGACAGUUAUGCUUGCAAAAGGGCCAAGCUAAAGCCACUUAUGGUACUGGGUGUUUUGUACUGUACAACACUGGGGAUGUUCGUGUGAAUUCUACUAAGGGACUCCUAACAACGGUGGCUUAUCAAUUGGGUGGGAAUAACCCACCUUGUUAUGCUUUGGAGGGCUCGGUGGCCGUAGCAGGUGCGGCUCUAGGCUGGCUCAGAGACAAUAUAGGCAUGCUCGAUAAUGCUAAACAGUCACAAGAAAUAGCGGAAAAGGCAACAGAGAAUGGUAGUGUUGUGUUUGUUCCGGCUUUCAGUGGAUUAUACGCUCCAUACUGGAGACAGGAUGCAAGAGGCGUAAUAUGCGGUAUAACGGAAGACACAAACUCCAAUCACAUUGUAAAAGCUGCGUUAGAAGCUGUUUGUUUCCAAGUGAGAGACAUAUUGGAUGCUAUGAAUGAAGAUUGUGGUAUUCCAUUGCAACUGUUAAAGGUGGACGGUGGCAUGACAUCGAACGCGCUAGUGAUGCAAAUGCAAGCGGAUUUGAUCGGUAUUAACAUAAUAAAAGCCGGUUUCACAGAGAGCACAGCACUAGGAGCGGCUCUAGUUGCGUAUUGGGGCCUCGAUCAUAAUAAACAAGUGAACUCCAUAGAUAUAGAGAACGGUAAGAUUUAUACACCGAGUAUAAGUGAUGAUGAAAGAGACAUGAGGUAUAAGCAGUGGAAAAUGGCCGUAGAAAGAUCGCUAGGAUGGGAACAGAAUUAGAACAUGGUACAAAAUUUAAUGAAAGUUAGAGCACUAAACUUAGUAUUUAACCACUUUAUUUUAUGGUGUUCUUGAAGUGUACAAGUCGAAAUGGGCUAAAUUGUAUUUUUAAACUAAUAUUUUACAUUAUACAAAACAUACAAAAAUAUUGACUGUAAUAAAUACGAAGGCAAUAAUCGUCAUAAAAAUAAAUGGCAAGUUUAUAUUGAUUCGAAAAAAAAUUAGCACCAACAUUAAGAAAAAUCAUCAAAUUGGCAAUAACAUGGAUUAAACUUUAGUUCUUACAUUCCUUAAUUAAGACAAAGUUUUAUGAAAGGUUACAAUUUAGUGUCUAAUUAAUAAAUAACGA